GCGUGCUUUCAUUGCAAUCGUAAACCAGUAUUUCCCGCAUAUGUUGGGAAAUUAUUCGCACAAUGACCAGUAAAAGGGUUAAAGUUGAAGCUGAGGAGGAGGAUGAGCAGCCGGUGGACACGAAAAGUGAAAGCGAUAACUCCAGUGAAGAGGAAAAUGAAGAAGCCGUCGAUGGAGACGAGGGAAUUGUGGUGGAUUUUGAAGGCAGAAUCCCAAUCGACUCGGAUUUGGACGGCAUAAAACAGAUGCUGGGACAGCUUUUUGUGAAAGCCCACGUUGACCUGACCGAGCUCGCCAGAGUCAUUAUUGGGCAAAACUACGUCGGCAGCGUCCUCCAACAAUCGUUCAAUGAAGACGAAGACGAGGACGAUGAUGAAGACGACACGGUGUCGGUGUUCGGAGUAACGACGGUGAUCAAUUUGUCCAACAAGCAGGAUCUGGCUUCGGUUCGGCAACUGCAAAAGCUAAUCUUCGAGAAGGCCGAAAAGUAUGCAACCGAGCUUGUGCUCCAACAGUUCCGGGAAGCACUCGAAAGCGGCACCAAGACGACGGGAUUGCUAGUGAACGAACGAUUUAUCAACAUCCCCGCGGCCGUGUUUGUGCCAUUGAGCGAGAACUUGCUCAAAGAAAUGGAACGGGCACGCACCAAAGGCAUGCCGUACAGCUUCGACUACUAUCUGAUGUUUGUGAAGUACUAUCAGCAGGCAGGUUCAGGCGAAACACCGGCCGAAGUUAUUUAUACGAACGACGAAGAAGAGUACUUCAUCAAGGAAUCGUACGCGAGCUUCGAUUACUCGGUGCAGAAGGAAACGACCACCGCGUUGGCUGGUCAAUGGCAGAAGAAGGACGAAGAACUGCAACCAUUCCGGAAGGUGCUGCUAGUAGAAGCCAGCAAGCUGCCGGACAUUGUAGCCACCAUCAAGAAUUUGGUCGCAUCCGUGACCAACAAAUAAACAAAAGGGUAAUCGUCUAAUUGUCAUUUCAUAAAUGUGAGUGCGAUUUAUAAAGUGUGUCAAUUUUCUGUGUAACUGGUGGUGCUGUAUUUGAACA